AAGACAGGAGCUACUAUUAAUCUCUGUACUGCCACACUGCAUGUAGGAGCUAAAGCUACAGAGAGACUGUGUGUGUGUUUUAGUUGUUGUGUACAUUAGAUGAAUUAGUGUUUGUUGGGCUUGUUGUGUAAAAUGUCAGCGCUGAACGCUUCUGCAGGGACGGCCGUGUUUGUCUUGUCUCUUUUAUCCGUCCCUUUAUCCUACAGCUUUAAUCACCUCAUCACAACGCAAAGUACAGAGACUGUCCUUAUUGCUGCUGCAUCAGUUGUUGUCAUUUUAUCCCAUUUGGCUCGAGUUCUGCUGAACCACAAAGCUCCGACUGACCCCCUGUUCUACGUGUACGCUCUGUAUGCAUUAUUGAGUGUAGUGAACCUAAUAAUAGGCCUCGAGCAGGAUGGCAUCAUCGACGGGUUCAUGACCUUUUACCUAAAGCAGGCGAAUCCUCACAUUAAUACAGCUCACGGCCACAUGAUCUCCUAUUGGGAUGGCUGUGCUCACUAUCUGAUGUACCUGCUGAUGGUGGCAGCAAUAACAUGGGGGGAAAGUUACCGAGCGAUCGGCCUGUACUGGGUUGGUUCCUUCCUGAUGCAAAUCAUUGUUUACAUUCCAGGCAGUGUGGUGGGUAAAUACGGUACUCAGCUGAACGCUCUGUUUCUGCUCCACCUGCUCUACGUGUGUGUCUCUGUGUGGGCUUGUUUUAGAGUGUUUAACCAGCCUGCAGCACAAGAACUACCACCAACAAAUGUUCAGUGUGAACAGAUGAAGUCACUGUUACAGAGACCUGCGGAUUUGUUCUUCGUGCUCAGCCUCAUGUUCGCCUCGACCUUCUCCAUUCUCCGAGGCCUGGUGGUGCUGGACUGUCCUGCUGAUUGGUGUCGCGAUUAUGUGCUAAAUUAUGAACCUUACCUCAAAGACCCCUCAGCAUAUCCAACUGUACAGAUGCUAGUGAACAUGCUCUAUUCCACUCCAUGUGUUAUAAUGAUGAUGUAUGGACUGUGUGUUCCGGGCUGUGAUUGGCUGCCAGAUCUGAGUCUGGUGCACGCUGGAGCCAUGGCUCAGGCUCAGUUCUGUCACAUUGGAGCGUCGCUACACACUCGGACUCCCGUUACAUACCGCAUUCCAAGUGAGCGACUGAUUGUCUUCUUCACCUUUAACCUGCUCUAUGCUUUAGUGCCUCAGGCACUCAGUUACCGCUGCAUCAGCUGUCCCGCCUUCUUCAUCAGCAAAACCCAAAAUGGCCGGACUGACACUACAGCGCCCCAUCAGGACUGACCCUCCCUCCGACUCCCCGUCAGGACUGACCCUCCCUCUGGCUCCCCGUCAGGACUGACCCUCCCUAAAGCGCCCCGUCAGGACUGACCCUCCCUCUGGCUCCCCGUCAGGACUGACCCUCUCUACAGCACCCCAUCAGGACUGACCCUCCCUCCGGCUCCCCGUCAGGACUGACCCUCCCUAAAGUGCCCCGUCAGGACUGACCCUCCCUCCGACUCCCCGUCAGGACUGACCCUCCCUCUGGCUCCCCAUCAGGACUGACCCUCCCUAAAGUGCCCUGUCAGGACUGAUCCUCCCUCCGGCUCCCCGUCAGGACUGACCCUCCCUAAAGCGCCCCGUCAGGACUGACCCUCCCUCUGGCUCCCCAUCAGGACUGACCCUCCCUCCGGCUCCCCGUCAGGACUGACCCUCCCUCCGGCUCCCCGUCAGGACUGACCCUCCCUCCGGCUCCCUGUCAGGACCGACCCUCUCUACAGCGCCCCAUCAGGACUGACCCUCCCUCCGGCUCCCCAUCAGGACUGACCCUCCCUCUGGCUCCCCAUCAGGACUGACCCUCCCUAAAGUGCCCCGUCAGGACUGAUCCUCCCUCCGGCUCCCCGUCAGGACUGACCCUCCCUAAAGCGCCCCGUCAGGACUGACCCUCCCUCCGACUCCCCGUCAGGACUGACCCUCCCUCCGGCUCCCCGUCAGGACUGACCCUCCCUAAAGCGCCCCGUCAGGACUGACCCUCCCUCCGACUCCCCGUCAGGACUGACCCUCCCUCCGGCUCCCCGUCAGGACUGACCCUCCCUCUGGCUCCCCAUCAGGACUGACCCUCCCUAAAGCGCCCCGUCAGGACUGACCCUCCCUCUGGCUCCCCGUCAGGACCGACCCUCUCUACAGCGCCCCAUCAGGACUGACCCUCCCUCCGGCUCCCCAUCAGGACUGACCCUCCCUAAAGCGCCCCGUCAGGACUGACCCUCCCUCUGGCUCCCCGUCAGGACUGACCCUCCCUCUGGCUCCCCAUCAGGACUGACCCUCCCUAAAGCGCCCCGUCAGGACUGACCCUCCCUCUGGCUCCCCGUCAGGACCGACCCUCUCUACAGUGCCCCAUCAGGACUGACCCUCCCUAAAGCGCCCCAUCAGGACUGACCCUCCCUCCGGCUCCCCGUCAGGACUGACCCUCCCUCUGGCUCCCUGACAGGACUGAUCCUCCCAACAGCUCCCCCAUCAGGACUGACCCUCCCUAAAGCGCCCCAUCAGGACUGACCCUCCCUUUGGCUCCCCGUCAGGACUGACCCUCCCUACAGCGCCCCAUCAGGACUGACCCUCCCUCUGGCUUCCCGUCAGGACUGACCCUCCCUCCGGCUCCCUGACAGGAUUGAUCCUCCCAACAGCUCCCCCGUCAGGACUGAUCCUCCCAACAGCGCCCCCGUCAGGAUUGACCCUCCCUCCAGCACCCCCAUCAGGACUGACCCUCCCUACAGCACCUCAUCAAGACUGACCCUCCCUACAGCACCCCGUCAGGACAGGACUCAACCUGCAGCUCACAAUCAGGACUCUAUUUACGGGAAAUAAUUGUUUAACUGUACACAUGAUGAUGUAUACGAUAUGUCAGUGUGAGGUAGAGACUUUUUCCUUUUUCAAAUCUUUCUUAUAAUCACACAAGUGAUCUUCUACCCUGACAACGCAAACAUCACAUUGUUUCAGAUCUUUAUAGAUACAGACGUUAAUGUCAUGGGUCAGAGUGAUGGGACCCAUGAUAAUCUUACCCAUGACAUUAAUCACCUGAGGAAUUUCAUCAGUCCAAAUAAAAAGUCUCAUCUCAUCUCAUUAUCUCUAGCCGCUUUAUCCUUCUACAGGGUCGCAGGCGAGCUGGAUCCUAUCCCAGCUGACUACGGGUGAAAGGCGGGGUACACCCUGGACAAGUCGCCAGGUCAUCACAGGGCUGACACAUAGACACAGACAACCAUUCACACCUACACUCAAUUUAGAGUCACCAGUUAACCUAACCUGCAUGUCUUUGGAUUGUGGGGGAAACCGGAGCACCCGGAGGAAACCCACGCGGACACGGGGAGAACAUGCAAACUCCACACAGAAAGGCCCUCGCCGGCCCCGGGGCUCAAACCCAGGACCUUCUUGCUGUGAGGCGACAGCGCUAACCACUACACCACCGUGCCGCCCAAAUAAAAAGUGAAAUUAAUUUUUGCUGUGUGCACAAGAACAUCAC